AUGAGCAGUUGCUGGCGUGUUUUUCGGCUGCGUGUUUUUUCGGACGAUGAAUUUCGUGCCGCCCUUUUUGAUAUGGAUCCUAAUAAGUCACCUGGCCUUGAUGGUUUGAACCCUGCUUUUUUCCAAAAAAGUUGGGGUAUCCUGGGUCCUGAUAUUAGCAACGCUUGUCGCCUUUGGCUUAGUCAAGGUACAUUGCCGCCCUCUCUUACUAAGACUCUGCUAGUUCUAAUUCCUAAGUGUGAUAGCCCUGAAUUUGUUAAGGAUUACAGGCCGAUUGCAUUAUGCAACUUGUUGUAUAAAAUUUUAGCCAAAGCUCUUGCUAAUCGUUUGAAAAUGGUUCUUCCGAAAAUUAUCUCUGAUUCACAAUCGGCUUUUAUCCAAGACAGAAUGAUUACUGAUAAUUUUCUGAUUGCUUUUGAGACCAUUCAUAAUUUGAAAUGGAGGCCUAGGGGUACUAUUGAAUCGUGUGCUUUGAAAAUUGAUAUGUCAAAAGCUUACGAUCGUGUUAGUUGGAAUUAUUUAACUAAGAUGCUUUUGGCUUUGGGUUUCUCUGAUCGUUGGGUUAGUUGGAUGCACAUGUGUUUUGCUAAAGUUACUUAUUCUGUAAAUGUUAAUGGGAUUGAAGUGGGACCGAUUUUACCUGGGCGUGGUCUACGUCAAGGUGACCCCAUUUCUCCCUAUCUUUUUUUGAUUGUGGCAGAGGGGCUAUCACUGUUGUUACAAAAUGCUGAGCGUAGGGGCCUUAUCCAUGGGUGUCGUGCUGCUGCUAAUUGCCCAAGAAUCUCUCAUUUAUUUUUUGCAGACGACUCUCUACUGUUCUUUGAUGCUUCUUUGGAUAAGGCAAGUUCUUGUGUUUCUGAUACCUUGAAGCAUGACAUAUCUGCUGCCUUGGGCGUCUUUUUGCCACUUAAUGGAAGCAGUUACUUGGGUUUGCCAUCUUUAGUUAUGGUGAUGAUGAACCGUUUCUGGUGGAACGGUAAUAAGUUUGAUGGGCAUGGCAUAAACUGGUUAUCUUGGGACCGUAUGUGCGUUAGUAAGUCAGGUGGUGGUAUGGGGUUCAGGGACCUUCAUUGUUUUAAUGUUGCUUUGCUAGGGAAACAAGGGUGGCGGUUGUUGACCAAAACUAAUACUCUUCUACAUCACGUGUUUAAAGCUAAAUAUUUCCCAAGGGGGGAUUUUUUGUCGGCUAGUGCCACUCCAGGCCAAAGCUUUGUUUGGAAGAGUAUAUUGUCCUCUAAGCAGGUGUUAAUUCAGGGGUCUCGUUGGCGUGUUGGUAAUGGUCAGAAUAUACAUGUAAACUCUAGUCCUUGGAUUCCUAAGGAUGAUGGUUUCUUUCCAGAUGAUGGCCAGCUUUUUAUUCCGAAUGCCAUGUGUGUUUGUGACUUGUUUGUGCCUGGAGAGAAUCGUUGGGAUGUGAAUAAGCUUAUGAAUCUAUUUUCCAUUCGGGAUUUGAGGGCCAUUCUUUCAAUUCCUUUGAGUAUUAUGAAUAGAGAAGACAAAAUUAUUUGGCAUUUCCACAAAAAGGGUAUUUAUACUGUGAAGACAGCUUAUUAUGAAAUUUUCAAUUCUUUGAGGCAUUAUCAAUUGCCCUCUAAUGAUUCUGUUUGGAACAGAAUUUGGAACCUGCAUGUGCCUCCUAAGAUAAGGGAUUUUAUGUGGCGAGCUUGUCGAAACAUUCUUCCCACCCGGUGUAAGCUUGUGGAGCGCGGUAUUGGGGUUCCUAGUGCUUGUCUUUUCUGCCCUGAUAAUGAGACCAGUGAUCAUGUUUUGUUCGCUUGCCCUCGUGCCCGUGAGGUUUGGAGAAUCAGCGGAUUUAUUCUGCCAUCGGGUAUGCUUUCUUUUAAUCAGUUCUUUGAGCAAGUUUAUUUGAACUUGGGUAGAGAUAAGGCUGCCACUAUUGCGACUAUUGCAUGGAAAAUUUGGGCUUCACGUAAUGAUAUGUUGUGGUCUAACAAGUGGCUUCCUCCUGCACUGAUUGUCCGACUUGCUAGUGAUUAUCUUCACUCUUUUGUUGCGGCUCAAUCAUUUCCAGCUUCUUCCCCAUCGCUAACUGCAGGUCGUGCUUCCACAAGUGCUCAAAUGGUUGAGGGUGCUGAUUGGUUGGGUUUUACAGAUGGCGCUAUCUUUCCUAGCUCAGAUUUUGUGGGUUUCGGCUGUCUUUUUGAAGAUGGUGAAGGCUCAUUCUCACUUGCAAUUUCGGGUUUUAAUGAAGGUGGUCACGACCCUGCUAUAGCUGAGGCGCUAGCCUUGAGGCAAGGCUUGCUCUAUGCUGUUGAUGCCUUUCCUGGUCCAGGCAGAAUGUUUACAGAUUGCUUGUGUCUUGUGCAAGCUCUUUACUCUUCUUCUAUUGAUUUUUCUGAUUUUGGAUCUAUUGUUAUGGAUUGUAAAGCUAUUUUGUUGACUAGACCGGACAUUAGUGUGUCUUGGGUGUGA